AUGGCGAGAAUCGCGGGCACAUACACGACGAGGCAUCGUGAAUCGACGCCGGCGGUCUCGAUCGAGAAGAUGCAGAUUUGCUUAAAGCUGCUGGAGGACAGCAAUGCGGCGCUGCAUCUCAGAAAUCGCGAUCUUACCGCGGAAAACAAGAACUUGACAAGGCGGCUCGAAAAGGACGCAAUUAAAAUGGAGAAACUGCAAGAGAAUGUAUCACUGUUGCAAAAUAAACUUAGUAAUGAGAGACUGAAGUUAACCGAUAUGUCAGCAAAGCAAAUGAAAAAUGACAAAAUCUGUCUGAUAGAUAAGUGCACUUCAUCGACGGAUAUCGUUUCUAAGGCAGAUUGCGAGUUACAAAUUUGGGAAACUUGCAAAGAUUGCCACGGGAAAUUGGAAGGUUGCCAAAGGGAAUUACCUACGGUCACUAUCACGAAAUCAGAAUUUGAGUUACUGGAGAGGGAUAUGCAAACUUUGAGGGAUGCUGUAAUUGUUCGAGAAGAAGCUUGGGAUAAAGCAAUAGAGCGCGAGAGGAAUUUCCAGCAGCAAUUAGCACGGCUAACCGCGGAGACGAUCACCACGCGUCAUCUCUACGAAACUCGCCAGAACGAACUUUGCGUGAUUACGAAGGCUUUGACGGAAAAAGAAUCGGAACUAAAAGUGAUGCAAAAAGAAACGCUGUAUCUGAAUAAAUUAAUUGCAAAGCUGCAUCGACAUCAGAAAGAACUCGAAGAGCAUGUGGGUAGCGGUGUAAGUUCUAGCAUUAGCGAAAAGGAUCAAAGAUGCAUUGAGGAAAUUGUACAGCGCGUACGAAACUCUAAGGGUAAAUCGAAGAUAAAAUUCAAGUACACUUCGGAUAAAUAUCCGCAUUCGAAUUCAAGUAGCUCUCGCGAAAGUAAAAAUAGAACGGAUCAAGCAGGUUCCUCAGAAGACCGGCAAAAUUAAACUUGUAACCAUGAUUUCGAUAUCAUAACGUAAAAGAACCCAUUGUCGUUUAUUAUAUAAAUUUUCGCA